ACGAAAUGACAGUCUGCCGUCUCGCAACGUUCUUGUCCCGCAGGAUACCACACAGUACCGACACCUACCGCAAGCAUCGUGGGCGGCCGCCCAGACCGUUCCGCAUCCAAUCAUGGGCUGAUAGUCCCAUGUGCUAUCAACCAUCGCAGCUCGCGGCAUCCCAUCCCCAGUAUGCUCUCUGGCGGCUGGCCAUCCCCAUCUGCUUCCGGUGAUCCAUCUCCGCAUGUGAGGCUCCCUGUUCGAGGCUGUUCUCCCAAGUUUGGCAGCCUUUUCCACGUUCAUUUACAUUCAGAUGGAGGCCGGCGCGGAUGGGACUCGGAGGGCUCGAGCCGCUCCGGUCUCCGGAAGCUUGCACAAAUGUCGGACGCUCGUGCGUCUUGGGACCCACGGUUGGUGGGCCUAUCGAUGUCUUUCAGUCCAUAUGAGGACUCGACUGCAACCUGGUCCGUCGCACUGCGAGAUGGUCAAAUGAGCCUGUGUGGUCGCCAAGUCUCAAUCAGUCCGGCGCAGCACGCGCAGUCUGUCCACAAGCCUGGGUCAAGAAAGAAAACGUGCGCCCGUACUUUCGGGCCUGGUAGUAGACAGACGACUCGAACACGAGACGCGGCGUCCUGUUGCUACAUGCUACCGCAGUCGAUCCUGCACUGCGUGGGGACGGAGAGGGGCGUUGGAAUGUACAGUAUGGACGUUGGCGUAUCAACGUAUCCCAUGCCGUGCAACGAGGAGGGCUCUCGUUACCUCAGGACAAGCUGCACUGAGAACGUUCAUGCGGACCGUCUAUCUUUAGCAUAUAUAUAGACAAUGCUGUGUGUUGUCAGGCAGUUGGUCGAUUUAGCAACUGCAAUCUUUGUGUGCAGUUUGCGUUCUCCAAA